UUCUGCUGUCCCCCCCAUCCCUCCUGCUGUCCCCACAUCCCCCUGGAGGCUGCAGAGCCCAGCUGCCUCUCCCUGCUGCUCCAGGAGUGGGGUGGCACAGGCAGGGUAAGGCUGUGCCCCAGUGCUUUGGGUUCUGAGCCUUUCUUGGCACAGAGAGGGGUGACCCUGUGGGGAGCAGGGUGAGGUGACCCAGCCCAGAGUGUCCCUGCUGGCCCUAUCCCCUCGGGGGGCUCUGCACCCUCCCAAGGCUGCAUCUGGCACCCCCUGAGAGGGGCACAGCCCCCACUCCAAGAGCCCUGCACCUCCAGCCAGCACCAGGGGCCACGGGCAGAGGAGAUGGCUGUGGGAACAGCAGCAGGAGCAUUUCUGAAGGUUCAGGUGACCUGCUGAGUUUGAGUGACACUCCCACACCCCUGGAUGCUGCAGGUGUUCAGCAGGGAGCUCUGCUCUGCUCUCCUGUGCUGAGCUGGGUGUGCAGGUGCAGAGCUGCCCCUUGCCAGAGCCUACACGAGGCCAAGAGAGAUUUUAUCCAAACCUUCCCACCUCUUGUCUUGUCUUUUUCCUGCUCUUCUAUUUUCUGUUGUUAAAAAUCCAAUAGGAGGUAGCUGCAGUUGUCACUGGCUUGUAGCCCAGAGGCAAAGGAGAACAGGGUAGAGGUGUUAAGGGCUGAUUUCAACUUUAAGUAGUUUUUUCAUUUGCUCUGUAGAAUGAGUCAAGCUAAAAUACUACAUUAGGGCUAAAGAGCUCAGGGAGAGUCCAGCCCUUGCUGGAAAAGCUCAGCAUGCCUGGACCAGGCCAAUGAUUACCAGGAGUGUGAAGAUUCCUGCAAAGCCAUGCAAAGUAAAGGGAAUUGAAGGGGCAGAAAAUCUUCCUUGUUUGUUAAAAUUUUGGGGAAGCAGAGGAACUGGGUGGAAGCACUGAGGUCUGGGAAGAUGCCUCUCUGCAGUUCACAUUGUUCAUCCCUCUUUAAUACUGAUAGGGUUUUAGGGAAAAUGGGAGAUCCUAGAAUGGUUUGGAUUGGAAAGGACCUUAAAACUCAUCUCAUAGGGGCACCUUCCACUAUCCCAGGGUGCUCAGAGCCACAUCCAACCUGGCCUUUAACACUUCCAGUUCUGCAGAAAGCUGACAGGAAUGGGAGCCCUCGGAUAGUGGGGUGCAUGCAGACCCUCAGAGCCCUGGGGUCCUUGCAGGGCAGCUCCCUGUGAACAGGGGACAGUCAUGGUGUCACUGUGUCCCCAACAGCUCCAGCAGUGACUGUGGCCCUCCCCUUGUGUGACAUCAGAGGCAGGGCACUCUGAUCUGGUGUCACUCCUCCACUUGUGGCUGAGCCAAGGAGGUUGUCCUGCCCUUCCUUACCCCAUCCAUGAUAAACCUCCUUAAAGGAAUUCAAACUGCAUUACGCCAGAUUUUCCCCCUGAUGUCUGUGCUGAGUCUGUUCUCACUCCUGCUGGAAGCACAGGCACACUCUGCACUGCUGUACAGGGGAGCAGGCUCAGGCUGCCUUUUAAAAAUUCUACUUAAACCCCAAGGCUUUGUUACAUCAGGUGCUGAGCACCCCCAGCCUAUUGAGACAUCAGAACAUUGGAAGACACUCCAGAACCUGGCAGGGUUGGCCCAAAGCUACUUGGCUGUGAUGAGCUCUACAGUCUCUGCAGAGUUUGUGUAACAUGGAGCACUGAGCAUGUUGGGAUUGCCAGUAUGUAGUAACAUGUGGAAGAUCAAGUCAGGGUAUAAAUAAUAAAUAACAAAUCUGUGUGUUCCCGUCAGUCCCUCUGAUUCUACUUCUAUUUUGUCUGCUGCUUUGCUUGUUAUGUUCUCUGUAUCCAUUCCUUUCUCUGAUUUUUUUUAUCAUCUCUGCUUGGCAUCACUGCUCCCCUGCCAUGGGUUCAUGCUGCAUGCUUGGGAGUCACUGUGCAUGUGGAACACCAGUUACUGUGUGGGGAGCACCAGUCAGUGCUUGUAUAACACCAGUUACUGCAUGUGGAACAAACAGCCAUCCUUCUGCUCCUCAUCCUCUGCUGCUCAGUCCCCAAAGAGGAAAGUUGCCUGGUACAAGCUGAACUUUACUUUGUGCCAGCUGAGAGAUUGUUUGUUUCCAUGUGUUUCAUUUUUUUGGCCAUGGCUUCAAUGCAUUUGUCUGUCUAAUAAAAAUAAAUGUAGAAAACAGAAAAAGAACCGAGUUCAUCCUUCUCUGUUGUGUCUCAGUGUGUUUAUCUUUCUGUGUGCCAUCUCUGCAUGUGUGUGUGCAUGUCCUGUGUGUGCCUUGCUCUCAGCUCCUCUCCUUGGACACUUGAGCUGCAUUUCAUUUCUGCUGGGUGUAAAUCCUUGAGAAAUGGGAGGGGACCUGGCAUGCAGCAUGUGCUGUCCUUGUCCUGUCCAGUCUGUGCUUGGGCUUGUCCUGAGGGCUGGCUGAGCUGUGCUGAGCCUUCCCAGCCCCAGCCAGGGGCACUGGGAGCACCACCACGAGCUGGGAUUGGUACUGCGAGCCAUCAGGGCUGGACUCGGGCUCUGCUGGGGUGUGGGUGUGACAGGGCUGUGCUGUUCAUAACCAAGAUCACAUUCCCGGGAUGACAGCCUCCUCUGUGCCUGGAGCUGAUGGUUGUGAGGAAUGAGACAAGCUGCUGUGUCCUCCAGCAUCCCAGAGGGUGUGGGGCUGGGUCUGUCAGCACCCGCUGGGGCUGUGGCAGCACUGACCCCACAGGCACCUUGUGACACCUCAGUGCUCUCAGGGGAGGGCAGGGAUGGGGACAGAGCUGCAGGGGACAGGGACAUUGCCAAGGCUUGGCUGGGGUGGAGAGGGAUUCCCCUCCUAAAGAAGCCUGGGGAGCCCUGGGUGUCACCCCCAGACCUGACCGAGCCUCUCUCCUUUUCCUCCCCACAGCCAGGCCCUCUCACCUCCUGCUCCCCUGGCCCCAGCAGCCCGGCAUCACCACCAGCCAUCCCCCAGGCCAUGGCUGCUGUGUGCCCGGGGCCCCCAGCCCUGCCCCAGGGCACCUCCUGCCCUUCACCCACCAGCCAGGCCCUGGGCAGCACCACGGGCACCCAGCCGGACCUGCUGGGCACCAGGAGACCCACGGGCCCCUGCUCCUGGGCCCGCCUGCUCCGGAGGGGCUGCUGGAGCUCGGCCGGGCUGGCCGCGCUGUCGGGCCGGUGUCCGGCCGUGCCCCACGGGAAGGUGCAGCCGCUGGGCGGGAGGGAGCGGCGGCGGCCGGACAGCAGGAGGGUCAGCAGCUUCUUCCAAGUCAGAACGCCUCUGGAGAGCCGAGCCUGCGCUGGGAGCUCUGGGCAGGGACAGGACAGGCACCCCCGAGCUCGGAAGGACUCUGCAAAGGAGCUGAUCUGCCCCUGGGAGACCCCCAGGGAGGAGGGGAGAGCGGGGUAACCCCGACACGGAGCCCGGUGUUGGCUCAGCACACGGACUGUGCAGUGGGAGCAGUGCUUAGAGCCAGCACAGGGACACUCACACCAGCACAGUGCAGAAUCCAAGCUGUGCCCAGCUGUGAUCCAGAGCUCUGCACUGGUUCCCUUUCCUAUCUUUGGUGUGCUCAUGACAAACCUGUUGAUAAACGAGCGUGGUUCCAGCAGAUGGAGGAUGUGUGGGUGAUUCCUGGGAUGCAGUGUCUUAUCAGAGUUGCUGGCUUGGCCAUGAGGUGUCAGCACACUGAACACAGCACAGCUGGGGCUGCCAGGGCAGGGCUCAGGCUCCAGUGCCAAAACUGGGGUGUGUUUGUGUGCCCAGCCUGGGCCCACCUCCCAUGAAUUGCGAUUUUUAAAUUUUAAAGCGUGCUGAUGAAGAGACUGGGGGAAAUGGAGUGGCCCUCAUGAGCAGCUGUGUGCUGAGUGGCAAAGCAUUAUUCCUUCAAACCAAACCAAACAUGAUCCCAGAGGCAUCAAGGACUGCAGAGCCCUCCUCCUUCAGCUCCAGCUCCCCAGGGCAUGGGUUUGAAACCAUGGUUUGACCUGGGAACACCUAGGGAGAUCCAAGCCCAAUCCCUGGUGGUGUUUUUGGCCCCUCCAAGCUGGGAUUGAUGCAUUGCCACAGGCUGUGCUGUUAUUGAGUGUUGGAUGUUGCCUCCCUUGUGUCAGUGGUUGAAGGUGGUUGUUUAUUCCCUGGAGGAAUUUCCUCUGUGUGUGUGUGUGCUGUGGGUCCCUGUUCUGUACCUUGGCCAUGACCUGUGACUUCUGAUGUUGCUGUUUUGUACUUUCUUGUUAUAAAUGGAGUUUUUCCUGUGUGGCUGUUGUGGGUCCACACUCUCA